AUGGAGCCAUUGCACGCGGCAACUCCACCUUCCAGCUUGACGAUGGAGACUUCAACAUCACAUGCAACCGAUUCUGCUCGAUGGAGGAAUGUGCUGGGCUAUCAGCCGGACGAGCAAGACGCGCCGCUGAGCGAUGAGGGCGACAUGCAGUACUUCAAUUACGAAGCCUACGUGGACGAAGGCGCAAAAUGUGAGUUCCAGGCGCAAGGUGAAGGUGGCGGUGAGAUGUGGUACGAUGCCGAGAGCCAGCCUUUGGAUCCGUACACCCUCCAGGACGGCAUCCCAAAUAAUGAAGCACGAUAUGAAGCUGAACAACGAGGCCUCGACUACAACGCGAACGCCCAAUGGCAGGACGAAAUGGCUCAAUUCGGUGACGAGCUGGUGGGUAUGUACAACGAUGAGACGUGGCAGCACACUCCUGCGCCUGCACAGAGCGAUCCUGCGUACUCCGAGACACCGUUAGCAUACGCACAGACCGGCGCCCAAGAUUUGGUGGAUGCCACCUCCACUGGUGAAGACCACGAGAUAUUAAGACAAGCCACCAACCACGGCAUGAUCCAGCAGCAAGGGCCUAACGGCGUUCCUGCUGACGACUUACGUUCUGGGGCUCAACGAGAUGAUUACAGAUCAGAUGAGGACCAUGGUGAAGACGACGAUGAAGAUGGAGACGAGAAAAUCCUCGCAGCCGCUUACCAGAACUACUAUACCGGCAACUUGUUGCGCUCUGGUCUAGUCCCUGCCUUGCCGGCGGACUAUAUCGAAGAGUCCGCUGAUCCUGCAGGUCUCACUAGCCUCGAAAGCCUGGUCAGCCUAGAUGAGCUCAACAGCAACGAGAGAUGGGAGAUCGACAAGGAGUCUGCUGCCUUUCUGAACCACGUUGUCAUUGAGACCAACAAAGACUACACGGAUCUACUGCUCCAGUCUGCACAAACCAGCCUGCGAGAGCUGAAGGUUAAAGAGCCAGUGCUCUUGACCGAUCCACAGCUGGACAUGAUGAAGAUUAUGGAACGCAGCAAGCUUGAGUUGAAGGCAGAAGAUCUGAACCCACACAAGCUGAACCAUGAUAACGACGAGGGUCUGAAGUGGCCAGCAAAAUAUGCCAAUCUGCCUGCACAAUUGCACCAGAAAAUCGACAGUGAGCGGCUGAUAUUGGAUGUUGAGACCAUAGAGUACCUCAAGGACAUACACGAUGGUCCGGACAUCGAUCUCGACAUCUGGCUGGAUAACGAGCGUAAACUCAGGGCAAAGCCGCAAUAUGUCAGCCCAAAGCUCCUUCCUCUGUCGCCAUCAUACAGCCCACCUCAACUGCCAUUGUCAAUGGCGAAUGUUCCACUAUUGUCAACCCCGGAAGACCCCAACGAAAGAGAAGUAGCAGAGCUCGACAAGAUGCUACGCGAAAAAGACGAAGCUGCUAUGCGACAGCUGGCAGAAGAUUCCACCUACAGUUCACUUGAUACCGGCAGCUCUUCUUCCCCUCUGUACCGUAAGGCGAAGCGGAUCACCAGCCUCAAGGUCUCCGAUCCGGUCUUGCCUGCCGAGAAUCUCGAGCCACCUACUAAGAAGCAGAAGACGGUGACAUUCCCAGACGAGCUUUAUACCCUGAUACCUCGACCUACUUCGAGCGACAUUGACACGAUAGAUGCGGUCGACGAGACUUUUGCCGCGGUGGAAGAGAUCCUCAAGCCAUUGGCUGCUCCAGCUCUUGAACAACACGAGCAUGAGGUGCUUGAUGAUGUUGACACUACCAUACGAGUCGCAAUACCCGAUGUUGAGGUGAUAUCGCCGACUCUACCCUGGUUAGAAGGCAAUGAUGACAAACCAGACCCACGUCGUGCGAGGCUCAUACAUCCUAUACUGUCAAAGACGCUCGACGAGCUCGUCAAGUUCGAGAAGAAGUGGAGCGGUGUGUCGAAACUGGAGCGAGAUCUUCCGUGGAGCGCUUUCGCCUCUCAUCUGGGUAAAAUCAGAGCUGAACCUGACUUUGACGACGGAUCAGCGGCACGGUAUCUCGCUGAGUUGGACGAUGGUGACGUAGACCUGGAGAGUCUGACAUACAGACCCAUGAAGCUGCAGCUACUUACCAUUGACGAGUUCGACGAUGACGAGCUGGAGCCGCUGGACUUCGAGGACGAGGACGACGAACAGCAGAUGGCAGACUCAGAUGUCCUGCCAGCAACAUCAGCACUUUUGAUGGCUCGACUGACGAAGAACGAUAUUAUAUCUGCGGUCCAUCAACGACCGUCGCAGCCGCCAUUGGUCAAGCCGAAGGUGGUGCUUGCAGAGCUUGCAGAGUCUUCAGCUUUCGAAGUGAUGCUUCGAAAACGCAAAGAAGAACUGGCACUUACCAAGAUGGACAUUACUGAGACUGAACGUGCUACUGUCGUGCCCACACAUGCUGACCCACGGGGAGAGGACACGCGGCAAGCGAUAUUGGGAGGUGGUCUGACACAACAUAUGAACAUGCAUGGUAUAUCAAAGGCCAGUGCACAGCCGGCAUCUGCAUCCAUCGAGCCUGACAGGGCACCAGCGUAUAAUCCAUACAACCAGAAGCAGCGGCCGGUUGAACAGACUGCCGUGGUCCCACCUACCACGAGCGUGCCGCUUCCCAUGGUGCCAAGAAUGGACAUGCCCCUGCCUGUGGUGGUCUCGUCAACGAUCAUGAAGGCCAAUCAGCAGCUUGUACGCGGCAUACAGAAGCUACUUCCGACCAUCGAGAUCAUUGAGCGUCAUUACAGCGCGGUUGCCGUGACACCACAGAAGACAGCCGUCGCGGGUAUGGAAGCUGAAAUCACCGUUUCGCCAAGCACUGGUCUCAUGUUCACCAAUCUCCAAAGGCUAAAGCAAAAGCCUCUUCCUGGUCAGACGUCACACUUCGGGUUUUGCGAGCAGAUCACUGUUGUCGCACCACGCUACGAGCGCUUGAUCGUGCUCGUGAGUGGAGUAGCGGGCGGAAGUAGUAACGAAACAAUUCUCCCUGCUCUUGACGAGAGCGACACAUCUGCUCUCACUGACUUCAUCAGCUUCGGCACCACACUAGACUGCGAAGUGGAAGUCAUCUACACAGCUGGUGGCAACGCUGAGCUCGUCGACUGGACAGCAGCAACGAUUGCCCAACACGCUCGUGGCCACUCAAGCUUCCUGCCAGAGGAGACGACAUGGGAGCGCUUUCUGCGGAAGGCGGGCUUCAACACAUACGCUGCACAGGUACUGCUGGAUCAGCUCAAGCCAACGACGAUGGCGCCGUAUAGCGACAGAAUUCAAACUCGAUCAUCGCUGCAGCAAGGACCCUCUGGUCUUAGCGCGUUUGUGGCGAUGAGUGCGGAGGAGAGAUUGUAUCGCUUUGCAGACGUGCUUGGUGGAGUGGGAGUGUUGAAGAGGGUUUGUGAGACGAUUGAUGGGCUACUUAUUCCGGCACGAUAG